UCAUUUUCAGAAGGCCUGACAAAAUAUCUCCUUGCUUUCUUCAAAAACCGGUCUCCCCAACCUCCGACCUUGUUCCCACAGCUGCCUUUUUCAUUUGUUUUGGUACAACUUGAUCCCAUGAACCCUUCACCAAACCCAACCUUUUUUUUCAAGUUCAUGGAUUCAUUUUUCCUCUUGUCCCGAGCACUAAAGCUACUUCCCUCUCUAAGGUUUUGUCCAAGCUUUUAGAUUUGAAUGGUUUUUCUUCUUCACUCGAGCGAUAUUCUAAUCUAAGCUAAACUGCGGGGAAGCUGGAUUUGAACUUUAGUGCGUAGGGGAAGCAUUGUCCAGCCAACUUGACUACGCCCAAAUCUCCGCAUUUGAAUGGUUUGAAAGCUUCCCUCAAUGAGAACAUCAAACAUUUCUUCGUGGUGUUCGGGUUAUCUUCUAUGGAUCCCAGCACUUUUGGUUACUUUAGUCUUGUUGGGAGCAAUUUCAAGAUCAUCUCCCAAUGUGUUUUCUAGAUAUGGAAACAAAUACCAACUCUCAGUGGGAGUGCCAUUGAAGGGGAAUGGCAACCCCCCUAUCUUUGCUUAUUGGAUAUGUGGAACUGAAGGAGAAAGCGAGAGGAUUUUGAGGCUUUUGAAGGCAAUAUAUCAUCCGAGAAAUCGGUAUUUGCUGCAGCUUGAUUCAUGUUCGUCGGAUUAUGAUAGGGGGCAGCUAGCUCUCUCUGUUCAAGCCGAAGAAGUUUUUCGAUAUUUUGGAAAUGUUUAUGUUGUGGGAAAAAGUUUUGCCCUCAACCAGAUGGGGCCUUCUGCUCUUGCUGCCACACUUCAUGCUGCAGCAUUGCAUCUAAAGCUCAGUACAGAUUGGGACUGGUUCAUCACUUUAAGUGCUUCUGACUAUCCCCUCAUGAAUCAGGAUGAUCUGCUGCAUGCUUUCACUUUAUUACCAAGGAAUACCAAUUUUAUACAUUUUACGAACAAGACUGGCUGGAAAGAGCAAACAGAUCGAAUCGUUAAUGACCCUAACUUAUAUCUUCAAGAGGUUGCUCCACUUUUGUAUGCUGUAGAGAAGAGAACCAUGCCAGAUGCUUUCAAAAUCUUUGGAGGUUCGCCUUGGACGAUUUUAACCAGAGAUUUCAUGGAGUACUGUGUAAAAGGCUGGGAUAACUUUCCCAGGAAGUUACUGAUGUACCUCAGCAAUGUGCCCUACCCUCUUGAAUCCUACUUCCACACAAUUAUCUGCAGCUCAUCUGAGUUCAAAAACUCUCUAGUGAAUAAUGACCUAAGGUACAUUCUUUGGGACACGUCUGCACUCGGAAAAGCAAAAGUCCUUAACAUGUCACACUAUGAUCAAAUGUUAGCAAGUCGAGCGGCCUUUGCUAGACCGUUUCAAACAGAUGAUGAUCCAGUGCUAAACAAGAUCGAUGAGAGUGUUUUGAAUCGGACUUCGAAAGGGUUGGUACCGGGAGAAUGGUGCCCUGGCAUAGGGAGAAGUAAGAGCUUAGAGAAUUCAACACCUGAUAAGGAAGAGUUGUGUCCAAGUUGGGGCAACAUUAACCAUGUCACCCCGGGUCCUCGUGGCGUUAGUCUCCAAGAAUUUUUGGCUAAGCUUGCUGUAGAAGGAAGAUUUACAACCGGUCACUGCCAAGAACACUGAUAAUUUUCCAAGCUUGCAUUUGGAAUGUUUCUUGAAUCAGAUGAUGAUGAUGAUACAUAUAUAUAUGAUCAUGAUACACGUGUGUGUGUGUGUGUGUGUAUUACAAAAUAACACUUCAAACUACAUUUGAGUAGAAGGCUUGGCUUUCUACUUGAUUGAGGUAUGUAUGGUUAGUGAAUUAGGAAGAUAAGGUCUGCAUUCUCACCCAGUGCAUUUGAUGACAGAGUCUGAUGUUGGAUUAAACUUUCUUUUAGCCUGUAUUCGAAAAGGCUGUGAAAGUUGUAAACUGACAAUAAUUUUUAGUAUUAUUGAACGAUAUCGAGGACAUGUGGUUGGGUUAA